UUGACCAUGCACUCCGCAUCGUUCAUCCGACCUCCGAAACAUUCUGAUCGCAAUACAUUGACACACGCUAAAAGAUUUAAGACGUCUUCUUGGACACAGAACACCCACGAGGUCCUGCUUUUUGUUUCAAUUUACAAUCAUCUCUCAUGGGGCCAUCGCCAGCUCUUCCGCUCGUCACAACACGUUCUGUCGUCUUCUCAAACUCUCGGAGAUCUCUUUGAGGUGAUCCCUUGCCAUUCGAACGAAAUUCCCAAAGAGAUCCAAAAUGACUCGGGCGAGCGGAUUGGCUGUGUCAUCUGUAUCGAGGGGGUAGCUUACGGUGAUGGGCAAAAUAUGGUCGACUAUGCCGAAAAACUCCUUGAACUGCGCAACACCCCGAACGACAAAGCCGGACAGCUCGGUCUUGAAAAAGGCGUAUCUAUGCAUGAUACAACACUGGCCUCGCUCACCGUUCAUCUGCACAAGCCGUACUGGCUGCUCCAUGCCGGGAGCUGCGAGCAUUUUAUCGUCAUCGAUCAAAUCCGCCUAUGGCAUCCAACGGACCCUCCUCUGAUUGAUUACCCGCUCACCACACACAUCACGCCACCGCUGCUAGACUUGUGCCGUGCAUGCAACAAAGUGCCUGCUGUCUAUGCUGUCCUCGGCGAUAUGAGGCUCGGGGAGAGCCCAUUUGUCAUAUGUGGCCCAUGCUGGCGGUGGAUGGGUAUGCCGGACGAUUCCAGUGCGGACGAAGUAAUGAUCGUACCUCUGCUCAAGCAUGAGCAUGGUUGGGGAGGGACUGGCGGGUGA